AAAUCUCAUUUUGGACGUUUCUGCAAACAAUAGCAUUGAUGAUGAAAUACAAUUUCAUAUUAAGAGAUGAGGAAGUGAAAAACUGUAAAUAUGCAAGAAUAAUUUAAAAAACAAGCCAUUAGCAUAACCAAACAAACUAUUAAGUAAACAAUUAAAAACAUAGAACAUUUUAAAGAAGACUUAAACAAAAUACCUAUAUCAUAACAUCCUACGCCUAUCUCUACAGACAACAAUGGAAAAAUAUCUUAUCUACUUAUUUGAAUUUUGAUAACAGCCUAACGUAAUGAUAAUGGAGGAAAAAAGUAUGCAGUGCAUGCUCCAGACCUCUUUCGAGAUUAUUGAGGAAUGUAAGAUACUUGUUUUAUCCAAUGAACAACUAUUAGCCUUAAUGAACGAUAUGGAUAAAGCCAUCAGGAAUGGUUUGUGCAAAGAAACCAAUCCAUCUUCUGUUGUCAAGUGUUAUAUUACUUAUGUACAAGAUUUACCAAAUGGAACUGAGAGAGGUAAAUUCUUGGCUUUAGACUUGGGUGGCACCAAUUUUCGCGUGUUAUUGAUUGAAUUGGGAGAGAAAAACUACUUCCAUAUGGACUUUGAAACCUUCAAAGUUCCCAGUAAGAUCCAAACUGGCAAAGGCACAGAAUUAUUCGAUCAUAUUGCUAAAUGUCUGGCAGAAUUCGUAAAAAAAUACAAACUAGACAACAAAACGGCAUUACCUUUGGGCUUUACUUUUAGUUUUCCACUUAGACAAGUUGGAUUAACCAAAGGGUAUUUAAAUAGCUGGACUAAAGGAUUUGACUGUUCAGGAGUGGUUAAUGAAGAUGUUGUCAGGCUUCUCAAAGAUGCUAUCAAGAGGAGAAAGGACGUACAGAUAGAUGUAUGUGGAAUAUUGAACGAUACAACUGGUACACUCAUGUCAUGUGCUUGGAAGACUCCAAACACCAAAAUUGGACUUAUUGUUGGAACGGGCUGUAAUGCAUGUUACGUUGAAAAGGUGGAGAACGCCGAACUUUUUGACGGUGACAAAACGAAAUCACAUGUGAUCGUGAACUGUGAGUGGGGUGCGUUUGGAGACGAUGGAAAAUUAGAUGCCAUCCGCACGAAAUACGAUCGAGAUAUCGACGAGAAUUCGUUGAACCCAGGACAACAAAGAUUCGAAAAGAUGAUCAGUGGCAUGUAUAUGGGUGAGAUUGUGAGAUUAACCAUCGUGGACUUGGCUAAUCAAAACAAACUCUUCAAAGGAAAACUUUCCGAUCAAAUGAAGACCAAGGGAGCGUUUGGCGCAUCAUUCGUGUCUGACAUUGAAAGUGAUACUGGUAACUAUAAAAACACGUUGAAAGUUUUGAGUGAGAUGGGCAUUAAUAAUCCAUCGUUGGUCGAUUGUGCCAACGUACGGUACAUUUGCGAAUGUGUGUCCAGUCGGUCAGCGCAUCUGGUAUCUGUCGGGUUAGCUGUGCUUCUCAACAAAAUGGACGAAAAAUCCGUCACGAUUGGCGUUGACGGCUCGGUAUAUCGCUUUCAUCCGUAUUUCCACAAACUCAUAAUGGAAAAGACCAGGCAACUGGUGAAACCCGACAUCAAUUUUGAUUUGAUGUUGUCCGAAGACGGAAGUGGUCGUGGAGCCGCUCUUGUUGCAGCUGUAGCUUUUCGAGAUGAAUUACCAUCUAUGACAAAUGGAGUGGCAAAGCAUUAAUGAUGCCAUUAUAAAAAUUGAUUACAAAAAUUAUGUUGUUUUAUUACAUAUUUUAAACAAUUUUAUUAGUUUUUAAGGAAUAGUGGUACGUCUUAUGAAUGACGGAAGUAUGUAAGUUAUGGGUACAAAUAAGUAAUUUAACAAUUUGCAACCUUACUAAAUUGUAUGUUUGUUAUUGUUAAGUUUGGAAAUUGUAUAAGAUAAUAAUAGUGUU